UGAUUUUGCCAAAGAAAAAAAAAUCCUAAUUAAAUGUGUGAUGAAAAUCACAAGGAUAUCUGUGAUUCUGUUUGUCACCUCCACCGAGGCAAUGGGAUAAAAAAUAGAGAUGGGCAAUAGGGAAAGAACAAUAGGGUAGAAUGUGGGGGAUUUAGUAUCUGUAACCUGAUUCCAAAAAAUUGCUUUUCAGGUCCAAAGCUUCUAACCGGGAUUAGUUUGUGACGGAUUGUCCAUGGGAGAUACUGAGGUUACAUUAAAGUGUAAGAAGACAGUUUUUGUAACUGUCGGAACUACUAGUUUUGAUGCUCUAGUGAAAGCGGUGGAUACACAAGAGGUUAAGGAAGAGCUGUCAAGAAGAGGGUACACUAACCUUCUCAUUCAAAUGGGUCGUGGCUCCUAUAUUCCCUCAAAGUCUGAAGGAGAUGAUGACUCCAUUGUGGUAGAUUACUUCACUUUUUCAUCAAGCAUUGCAGAGUAUCUGAGAGCAGCAUCUCUUGUCAUUAGUCAUGCAGGGUCAGGGAGCAUAUUUGAGACAUUGCAGCUUAGGAAGCCAUUAAUUGUUGUGGUUAAUGAAGAUUUGAUGGACAACCAUCAAAGUGAGUUGGCAGAAGAACUAGCUGACAGGAAGCAUCUGUACUGUGCUCACCCACAGACACUUUGUCAUAUUAUAGCAGAUAUGAAAGUGGAGUCCCUCAUUCCAUACCAUCCCGGUGAUGCCACCCCAGUUGCCAAGCUUAUCAAUAGGUUUCUUGGUUUUUCAGAGGACUGAUGGAAAUUUUUGACUUCAUUUCUUGAACUCAAUAUAUCCAUAAGAUUCAAACUUUUUGCAUAAUCAAGAAUUUGGUAUGCCAUCAUUACCGUGAAGCAAAUGGAGUUGUCAAUGUGACGCUCUUGCUAUUAGGUGCAUGUUUGAAUACACUAUAGGUGUAGUGACUACUGUUCAGGAGGUCCUCUUGUGUUGUAUUGUAUUAUCCACUAUUAAAAUUAAAAGCCUGUCUAAUUGCAUAAGAUGUAUAAAAGUCUGCACCGAAGCUACAGAAAGUUAUAUAUGAAUCCAGUUGGUACUGAAAAGAAUUUAAUUGAUAUUCUCCUAGACAAACUAUGAAAGAUUUCUGCCAUGAAGAUGGACUAAUUCUGUACAUAUGAGUGUUAUGCUUUGAAAUGACAGUCUAUUAAUCUCAACUAUUUCUAUAUCUUGUUCAAUUAUAGGUUUUUCUCAUGUUGAUGACACUUUGAUUUACAGCUUCCUAAAGGUACACAUCAAAGGUCAAGGUUCCUUACUCCUGAAGAACUAGUCCUGAUUCUGGAGUGUGCUUCUAUUUCCGUCCAAGAGAUGGCUGGGUCCAGGUCCAUCUCUUGUAUUUUAUUACUUAUGGUACUUCAACCAAAACUGCGAAUUUAUAAAUACAAGGAUUUUUCAUUGUUGCUGGGUUUGUUUGGUGAAUGGAAAUUCUUGUAUUUCUGUAUUGUCCAUCCUGUUUGUCCACCUUAUAAACCAAAUCCUUGAUUCCCCCAAAUACUGGACGUUCUCUUCGUACUCCACACUGAGCAUGAGAUGAAUUACUCAAGAGCUGCUCAGCAUUCGGCGUGAAGUGGCAUGGAUGCUUGCACUGCCCUGGCCGGUGGUUGGAGCUCUAUCUGGUCCCCUUCAUGGCGCAGCAAAUUAGUUUCCUAUUUGCUGAGGAAGCAAAAGAUGUUAGGUUUUGGGCAGCGCGUUUACAAGAACUAUGAUCCUAAAGAAAAGAUCAUAAGAAAGCUGGUAGAUAAAGUAUUUUCAUUGUUGGAAGUGAUCCACUGAUUGAUUGAGGUAGCUGCUUCUUUAGAAAGCUGCACUAUCUGACUACCUGAU